AUGCGAUUAACAGAAAGGUCGUUGUCGCCAAUAAUUUCUGCAGCUUUGUCGUACACUUGGAUGGCGGUGUUGAAGAGGGACAGUGGUAAAGUUGAAGGCGUUUUGGGGGGAGGGGGGAAGGUAAUGAGCACUGUGAUUGCGGUUAGGCAGCAUGAAGGUUACAAAGUUCUAGCAAAGUCUCUGCCUUACUUUGCUUGGAGGAGGAGCAGGUGGCCGCAUGCGAAAUUUUGGUUUGAAGAACAUUGUUACCUUACUACUGAUGGAAAGAUGGUGUGGUACAGUAGGAUGGGUAAAAAAGUUGGGGGUUCUGUGUUGAAAGGAGGACGUGGAGCUGUAAUCAGAAAAGAGAAUGAAAUUAGAAGACUUACGACUCUGAUGAAUGCAUCCUCAGUUUCUGUUUCGCUCUCACGUUCCGCUUCGUUGUCGGCAGCGGGGAGUGAUGGUGCUGAAAAAUGUAUUGCAAUAAAGUUACUGGAGAUGAUCGCAGAGGAAUUGUGA